AUGGAUGAAGGAAAGGAAGUCACCACUGAAGAACUCAACUUGAAACUGACUGGUAUCGGAACAAGGAGGAACCGUUCUAUCUUUCUCUGCAAAGUACUCAUAGUACCAUCGCUGCCGUCCUCUCUGAAGGGCUCAAUUGCUAAGAAUAGAGACAUAGUCAGAUGGCCUCACCUUCAAGACAUUCCCCCGACCUGUAUACCAGGGGGAGUGGACCUCCUCAUAGGUCUAGACACACCACAAGCCCUACUGCCUUUAGAAAUAAGGGCCGGAGGAGAUGGAGAGCCGUUUGCAACGCGCACUCUCCUCGGCUGGACCGUCAAUGGCCCUAUGAGAUUUGAAGAUGGGGAGCCUAUUGGAGCAACGAACGUGCGCACUACCGGGAUGACAGCGAUAGCACAGAGGCAACAGAGUGCGAUUCGGUAUGGUUCCAUUCUAGGAAGUGACUUCUCACUUCAUUGUGGAGAUACUAUCUCGAUGGAAGACCGAAGGGUAAUAGAAUUAUGGUCAUCAACCACGCAACAAGUAGAUCGGCAUUACCAACUGCCUAUCCCAUUCAGAUACAAGGAACCAGGCCUACCGAAUAACCUGAAACUCGCAGAACGACGGCUUAUAGAACUCAGAAGACGCCUAAUGAGAGAUCCAGCCUUAUGUCUUCGUUACCAAAGGGAAAUGAAACGCUUGGUGGACGAGGGACAUGCGGAACGCGCAUUGCACUUGGACUCUCCGCCAGCAGCCGGAACAGUCUGGUAUCUGCCGCAUCAUCCAGUAUUAAACCACAAGAAACCGGAAAAGGUAAGAAUAGUAUUUGAUUGUGCAGCGACAUAUAUGUCGACUUCAUUGAAUGAUCAAGUAAUGCAAAGGCCAGAUCUUAACAAUGACCUGAUGGGCGUCUUGCUCAGAUUCCGACAAGAUCGAGUGGCCAUAAUGGCGGACAUUGAGGCAAUGUUCCAUCAAGUUCUAGUACCACGAGAACACCGAGACGCCCUUCGAUUUCUAUAG